GUCCACAGUUAGGUCAGUAGCACAAGAAGUACCCGUAGCAUCUGUGACUUUGAUGUUAAUUAACUUACUUAUAGAGGCUAAUGCGGGAAAAGAUAACUCAAAGUAGUUCACAAGAGCUAACCACAAAGACCAAACGGAGAGUAUGAUAACCACAAAUGCUGCUAAAAGUUAUAGUCUUGACUCUAAAAACUUGCUAGCCACCCCCACCCGGAGGCUAGCGUCAAAGUGGCUAAAUUAGCAGCUAACGCGGAGCUAGGCUAACAUUACUUGUUGGCUAACCGGAGCCGUUGACAGACGUUGACCUCUCACCGCGGGUUGUUUUAGCAUUAAUAUGAUGGUUGUUAAUUAGCGGUUGUUGUCUAAUUGAUUGUGAAAGCAGCCAAAGCUGUGUGUGUUAGUUUGGCAGCAGUGGAGGCAGAAAGAUAAUGUUAUUUAGCUAAGCUAAGCUAAGCUAAGGCGGCAUUAGCAUUAGCAUAACAAGAGCUCUUUGGGAGUCAGCUGACAGCCUGCUGAAAGCUGCCAAACACACCAGUGAUGGAUCAACUGAAAGUAAAGGAUCGCAUCUUGGAAAACAUCUCCCUGUCUGUUAAGAAGCUGCAGAGUUACUUUGCGGCCUGUGAAGAUGAGACUCCGGCUAUCCGAAAUCACGACCGGGUCCUUCAGCGCCUCUGUGAACACCUUGACCACGCUCUGCUGUAUGGCCUGCAGGACAUCUCUUCGGGCUACUGGGUCCUGGUCCUUCACUUCACCAGGAGAGAGGCCGUCCGCCAGAUAGACGAGCUUCAGCACAUAGCAACCAACCUUGGUCGAAGCCGUGCUUGGUUAUACCUCGCAUUGAGUGAGAGCUCUUUAGAGAGCUAUCUACGCCUCUUCCAGGAGAACCAAGGAUUAUUACAGAAGUAUUAUUUCAAGAACGCACUGGUCUGCAGUCAUGACCACCUCACGCUCUUCCUCACGCUGGUGUCUGGCCUUGAGUUCAUCCGCUUUGAUCUGGAGCUGGAUGCGCCCUAUCUGGACGUGGCCCCCUACAUGCCAGAAUACUACAAACCCCACAACCUGCUGGACUUUGAGGAAAGGCUGCCCAGCUCAGACAGCUUGUCCCUGCACUCCUUCACCUCCCUCACCUCCACCAACCUGGAGUGGGACGACAGUGCCAUAGCCCCCUCCAGUGAAGAUUAUGAUUUCGGUGACAUCUUCCCUGUGUUGCAGUCAUUGCCAAGUGCAGACUGGGAAGAGGGUGACCUUACCGACCAGGCCAGCUGCCCACGGUCCAGUGGCUCUGAUCCCCAGACAGUCAUCAGCGACACGUUGGUCCUUUCUACCAGCACCGUCAAGGUGAAGGUAGCAUCUCUUCUCGCUCCACACAGCCCCACCUUCAGACACAACCCCUUCAACGAGGACUCGGACACUAACACCACCAGCACCUCAGCCGACGUCACGCCAGUUCAUGUGGCCAGCCGCCACAACUCCGUCACCGCUGCAGAGGAGAUGGAGAGCACCAACAAUGAGCUGGAGGUCAUCAGGAUGGCCAGACGAAGGAAACCAGCCAAGAAGCGUCGAGGGAAGGGCUCCACAGAUUCUAUCAGCAGCAUCCAUAACUCCAUGUCCUCUGAGCACAUAGAAAUGGACAACAGCCACCUGGCCUCAGAGGAUGUGGUAUCAUUAAACGGCACGGUAAUUCAGCUGGAUGCCGAGGCGGAGCUGAGGAGAAGCAGGGUGGGAUCAGAGGUUGUGGAGGAAGGAGGUGAGGACGAAGUAGAAGGGCUCCUACGGCUCCCAGAGAUGAGGGACACCUCCAUGGACACCGUGGGCCAACCCCUCCGUGAUGUCAUGGACCGGCUCAACGGGGCUCUAGAUGGGGAGGAGGUCUGGGAGCACCGAAAGGAGAAAAGCAGUGAAGGCUGUGACCGGGGCCCUGAGCCUCCUGCCCAGCAGCCCUUUCGGGAGGAUUCAGAGGGCAAGCCACCUGACCCAGCUCCCGGAGAGUCGUCUCUCUCCCCUCUGGUCUCAAGCCACAACUUCCUGCAGGCCUCUCCUGCGUCUGCAGAAGUACGCUGCUUUACCCCCGACAGUCCAGACUCUACUCCCACGGGUGGUGGCCACUAUGACUCUACAGAGCAUAGCCAAUCACAGACUAUUUCAGGUGGCCUUGAAGAUGAAGGCGAGGCAAAAGCGUCAGCUGGACAGGAGCCCGAGAUGAAGACCAGGGAGGAAGAAACAGAUGAAGGCGAGGAAACCAACAAGGAUGCGUUUACUGAGGAAACAGAAAAUUCUCAUCCUGCAGAGUUUAAGGUGGACAACAAUCACCAUCUUCUUCUCAUGAUUCAUGUGUUCAGAGAGAACGAGGAGCAGCUCUUCAAGAUGGUGAGAAUGAGCACAGGCCACAUGGAGGGCGACCUGCAGCCCCUCUACCUGCUGCUGACUGACUGUUACAUCUACCUGCUUAGAAAGGGUGCAGCAGAGAAGCCCUACACAGUUGAAGAUGCUGUUUCUUAUAAUGAGAUAGACUAUCUGUCGGUGGGCCUCGACCAACAGACAGUGAUGGUGGUUUGCACCAACAGACGAAGAAAAUUCCUGUUGGACACAGCUGAUGCCUCUCUGACUCAGUGGUUUUUGUCUGUUCUCAAGUCAUCCAUGGUGAAGGGUUGUCGAGAGCCUCCUUACCCGUCUGUGCUGACUGAUGCCACCAUGGAAAAACUGUCUCUCACUAAGUUUGUCUCGCAGGAAUCUCACUGUGAGGUAUAUGAAGUGUCCAUCCAACUGUAUUCACUGGUCCACUGGGAGGAUCCUAUGGACAUGACUUUGUCACCCCAGGGUGGCCCACCAAUCCCUGGACAACCUUCCAGCACCAAGGAGGGGACUCUGCAGUUCCGGGCUGGAUCCACCUACCUCGGCAAAGAGCUGUGGAAAAGCUGCUACCUCGUCCUCAGCAAGGGGAUUCUGUACCUGUAUGCAGAGAGAACUGAUGGGACACCUCUGCUGUCAGUCACUAUGGGAGGCGAGCACUGUGGAGGCUGCCGUCGCUCAAACAGCACAGAGCGCCCCCACGCCUUCCACGUCAUCCUGACAGAGCGUCCUCCGCUGGAGCUCUGCGCCAACAAUGAGCAGGACAUGGCCGACUGGAUGCUGCUGCUCUGCCAGUCCGUCUCCAAAGGGGUCAUCCCUCAGGGUGUGGCCCCCACUCCAUGUAUCCCAUGUUGCCUGGUGAUGACAGAGAGGAGGCUGCUAACUUGCCAUCAGGACUGUCAGACCAGCUUCUUCCGUUCGCUGGGCAGCGCCGAUAUCUGUGAUGUCAUUGCUGUCAGUGUGGAGGCCGACAAGCAGUACUGUGUCAUUGAGUUUGCGGCAGAUCGGACCCAUUUCCUUCCUCCGUGGGUGUUAUACUUCAGCGGCUGUGAAGAGAGAGACCGACUGCUGGAGGUGUUAGACAACACAUGGAAGGCCGUUUUCCAGGUUGACCUUCCUCACAAAGAAGUGUGGGAUCCGUCCGUGCAGAAGCGUUGUGGUGAGGCCCUCGCCCUGAUGAACAGCGCCUGGCAGAGGGCAGACAGUCUGGCCCGAGGCAGAGCCCAGCGGGAACCCUGGUGCUGACAGACACACAAACAUGCACCCAUACACUUAACCUGUGGGUAGCCACUGAGACAGACUGAUAGUCAAACAGUCUGAUAUAGUUCCAGGAUAGAUGGAUUUAACUCUGGCAUACAGUCUGUGUGUCACUGUAAACUAAUGAGUCCUAAGCUGAAAACCAGACGUGGUUAUUGGUUGGUGAUGCACCUCUGAUACACUGAUGAUAUGUUUCUAUCUGAGAAACCUCCUGCAGAAGUAGCAAUGCAUGCGGCACAUCCCAUCGCAGCGAUGCAACAGCAAGAAUGUUCUCACUUGAAAUGAAAUGAAAUGAACAAAUAUUACCAGUACGAUACACCAGAUUUGUAUUUGAUCCCAGUGAUACAUUACCAUUAUUCUUUCAUUAGAGAUUCUUAAGAAAUAGCAGCAAAUAUAUUGAAUCAAUGAAAAGUUUGGGGUCACAUGAUACUCUCCGUAUGGAAAAAGCUCUGUAGGAAAUGGCGAUAGAUAAUUGCAGAACACACAUACAGUAGUUGUGUUAUCUUCAAUACAUUCAAAUAUAUCCUGCUGAAUAGAGUUUGAGAAAUUCUGUUUCCACAAAGUAAACGUCAAAUUCAAGCCUUGACUUUGAGAUAUAGACAGGACUGAAAAUGAUGAAACGUAUUUAGUACAUUGAGGAAGCUGAGUGGGGAGGAAGGAUCCAUUACCAGCAGCUUCCCUGCACAGUGAAAUAAGAGAAUUACUAAUGUUUUCUUUCACAAAAAAAAAAAAAUCUGAUAUAUGUCAAGAAAGCCAUAUAUGAAGGGGGCAGCUGAUGCUCGUGUACAACGUGGAAAAGUUCACACUCCUUGCCUUGCACACACAGAAGUAACGCUCUCUGAUCGCACAAGUCACACAACCGUGUGAAGAUAAAAGUCACUCCUCGCUUAGUAACAGUUACUAGAGCAUACAUACAUAUAUAUAAUGCUGUACAGUAUCAACGCAUAGUCACUGAUGGUUGUGGAAGUGUCUGAUAUUCAGUUUUGGUUCGUAUAAGGGCACACAUACCUCUACACUGAAUUAUUGUCACAUUGUACAUUCGCUUGAGAGAAUGAGGAUCUCAAUAUGAAGAAUAUCUAACAGUUGCACUGUACAUGACUUGCUCUCCCGCUCAUGUCGUAUAUCUGAGAUCUCGCUUACCAAUUUCAACGUUUUCACUCAGAUAAAAAAAAAAAAGAAAUCAGGAAAUGCAACAGACUUGCCUUUUAUCUCCACUCUGUAGAGACGAGUGGAGGCCUCCAUGCAGACUUGCACAUUGUUUUUGCUGUUAGUCUUUUUUUUUUAAUGCUACCAGUUUUGUGUUAAUAUCAUUAACAUUUGCUUUUGUAUUUCCAUUGUAGAGAAGUUGGGAACAAUUGUUACUAAAUUAUUCAAUUGAUUAGUGAUAUUUUCUUUUGCUAUUGACUUCUGUGUCUGCAUUAGCAGAUGUGCACUUCCCCUUUAGUGUGGGCAAGUAUAUGGAGUAAGAAUUGACCCUUCCUAAGUCCCGUCAAACAGAUUGGUUGCUGGCAUAUUUUUAAGAUGACAUAAAUUAUCGGAAAAGAUCGAGGCUAACUUAUCUUUGUUUAUUGUAUCUUUGUAAGGCUAUGUGCCGCCCUGAAGUAACUUUUGGUGUUAUUUAUUUGGAUAUACAUGACGUCUAGCAUCCCAACGGGAUAAGUUAUCAUUGUGAAUAUAUCGCAUACUGUAGUCCUUAUCGUCGAUCUAAUACACACUACGGCACCCACCUAAACGGACCAGCGUCGCCAUGUUUCUUUUUGUCAAGCUUGUCCGACCCAGUAACAGUAGCUAAGGGGGGGAUGGGGAUCGGUCAAUUACAGUCUGUGUGAAGAAUCUGUUACUAACUUUUAUUUUGCACCAGUGGUUGGUGGUAUCAUACUGUACAGUAAGAUCCGGCCACUCCACUAAAUAAGGACAUCCCUUUCUGCACUAGUCAUUUAGUAAGACCAUGUAUGAGGUUUACAGAAUCCUUAAAUAGCCUUUCAACUUAGACCAAGUGUAGCUUCUGUUCUCUUUGCAGAUUAAUGCUUUUAAAUAGUCUAUAAUAUCAUCCGAUAUUAAAGCUUUGCUAGGUGAAGGAAUAAAACCAUUUUUAGUUUCACUACAAAUUCUAGUCAGUACAUGUUAGUGCAUGUGUUACAAUCUGUCCUGAACAUUAACACUGAUUAGAGUACUGCUGCUCUGUCAAUGACGGUGUGUAACUCCUCUCAUUACAAUGCAAAGACAAUGUUGCCUUUUUGACAACCUUGACUGAACUGGAUGACAUGGCCAAUUCAUUUAAAUAUAAAUGAAGCACUGUUUUUUUUCCUUUUUGUAGUUGCCUUACACUGAACAAUUUGGCUGACUGCGUUAGAAAUCUCAAACAAUCAUCUUAGCUUUAUAUUGUUGUUCUGGUUUCUUUAUGAAAAGACGAGUCAGAAUAUGUGCUGUAUGUCGGGCUGGGUAUCCAACCUUGAUACCAAGUACAGACAUAAAAAUGUCUGUAUUGAAUGUUGGCACAGAAUGCUUGCUCAUUGUCCUUUAAUUAGAUAUUGCCUGAUAUUUGCUGUUAGAAAUCAGGCAGGUUUGUGUAGAAAAAUGUGAUUAUAUGCGUAUACUGAAUAGGCACCAGUAUCAAAUAGCUUCAAAUGAUACCCAGCCCUGUACAUAUGUCACUUACUGUAUGUAUGUUUGUGUGUCUUUCUCAAUCACUAUUACUUUCAUGUCAGCAUUAAUCAGUGCAUUAAGCCUUUCUAAGUGCCACUUGGUCUCGUUCAUCUUCCGCUCUUUUACAAAGAAAUCUAAUCUCAGGUGAAGAAGGUACGUCACAUCCAAAACCUUAAAACUCACCGUGUGUUUUUUGUUUUUUUUAAUCGCUGCUGUUUUGUCUAAUUCAAUAUUUUUAAAAUUCCUUUUUUCUGUUUUGGUUCAGUGCAGCAUUAUAAAGUUAUUUUGCGCACGCAGACAAGGCUGCAAAGUAAGAUUACAUGUUGGAAAAGGUUUUAUGUAAAAGUCCUUUUAAUAAUUCAGUGGGCUCUGAAAUAGGAUUAGUAAGUCGUGUAGUUAGAAUCUUCUCCCCCAGUGGAUUACUUAAGGACUUUUUGACCAGGGAGAGCACACUUGCAAUAGUUGGACUUACUUGAAAUGUUUGUUGGAUUAUCAAUAAAGAAUCAACUACAUAGAGUUGCGGCCUAUGAAGUGUAUAUAAAGAAAAGGUUAAAGUUUUGAAUGUGGGACAUUGCUGGCCAAUGAUGGACGACAUCUUCUAAGUGAUGCAUUGUGAAAAAGGCGCUUUUUGAUUUUGUUCAUAAAUGUAUACUGCAUGUAAUAUUUGUAAGCGGUUUUAUUGAAUUGUAAAUAGAGCACUAAUCAAAUAUAACAUCCCGUACGCUCACACAUAAAGACGUGCAUGUCCAGAAGGUUUUACACUGUUCAUAAUGGUAAUGAAUGUACAAAUAAACCUUUGUGAUUGGACAGCGUAACUGAAUAAACUGAAAUGAAACCUUG